ACAGAUCGAACAGAGCAAAACACAAUUCCCAAUUCCAAUUCCCAUUUCUCCUCACUUCACAACCCGCAUUUGUACGGACACCAUCAAACAAACAACCCACCCACCCAAAAGAAAAGAAAAGAAAAGAAAAGAUCUCAAUCCACUUGGGAAUUCCCUUGGAACCUAACUAAUACUCCUAUCAUGUCCCAGUUUCGAGACCCGAAUCCGACUCACCACCCCUUCAAGCUUUUCGUCUCUCCCGCCACUGAUCAUCUAACAAAGUUCUUCAAAUGGGCCGUUUUGAUCGCCCUACUCGCCUCCCUUUCACUCGUUCUCUACUCCGCAUUCACCAGCCCCACCGGGUGGUUCCCCUGCCCCGACUACCACGCCCCGACCCGAAACACCACUCAUCUCUUCAACGAAACCCGCAACAUAAGUGUCGGCCCCACCAACAUCUCCCACAUCGUUUUCGGCAUCGGUGGGUCUGCGAAGACGUGGACCCACCGCCGCCGCUACAGCGAGCUUUGGUGGCAACCCGACGUCACCCGCGGCUACGUCUGGCUCGACGAAAGACCCGACCCGAACACAACCUCGCCCGGAAAGUCGCCCCCGUACCGGGUCUCCGAAAACUGGACCCGGUUCAAGCACUCGAGUUCGCAACCUGCGGUCCGAAUCGCCCGGAUUGUGUUGGAAUCGUUUCGCCUCGGGUUGCCCGACGUGAGAUGGUUCGUGAUGGGUGACGAUGAUACGGUGUUUUUCACUGACAACUUAGUUUCGGUGCUGUCGAAGUACGACCACCAUUCGAUGUACUACGUGGGUGGGAACUCCGAAAGCGUGGAGCAAAACGUGAUGCACUCGUACGAGAUGGCGUUCGGCGGCGGCGGGUUCGCGAUCAGCUACCCACUUGCGGCGGAGCUGGUCAAAGUGUUGGACGGCUGUAUCGAUCGUUACUACAAAUUCUACGGCUCUGAUCAGAGGGUGUGGGCGUGUGUGAAAGAGAUUGGGGUUUCUCUCACUAAAGAACGUGGGUUCCACCAGAUUGAUGUCAGAGGUGAUGCAUAUGGUCUACUAGCAGCUCACCCAGUGACACCCCUUGUAUCCUUCCACCACCUCGACUCGGUAAACCCCUUGUUCCCUGGCCGAACUCAGCUCGAAUCAUUGCAAAUCCUGAUCCAAGCAUACCGCAUUGACCCAGUCCAAACCCUGCAGCAAAGUUUCUGCCAUGACCGUAAGCGGAAAUGGUCCAUUUCCGUCGCAUGGGGCUAUACUGCCCAGAUUUACCCCUCAUUGUUGGCUGCAAAGGAUUUGGCGACGCCUAUGCAUACUUUUAAGACGUGGAGGAGCUGGAGCAAUGGGCCAUUCACGUUCAAUACCCGGCCCGUGAAGUCCGACCCGUGUCAGCAGCCGAUUAUUUACUUUUUGGACGAGGUUGAGGAGGUGGGUCACGGUCAGACCCUGACUAGGUACAAGGUGAAUUUGGGUGAGCCACAAAAGAAGUGUGGCUCAUCCAUAACGGCUGUGCAAAGAAUUGUGGUCUUAGCAUCAAAGAUGGACCCUCAAGAGUUGGUGGAGGGGCCACGCAGAAGGUGCUGCGAGAUUGGUGAAAGCUUGAAGAGAAACACCAUGAGGGUAAGGAUCAGAAACUGUAAAAGGUGUGAAACAGUCACUGUUUGAAGACCGGUCCUCAUUUCACAAGCUGUGUUGUAAAUAAUCUGUUAAGUAAUUUAUACACUCAAAUCAGUCUCCACCAUAUAAUACGCUGUGUAUUUUGGAGCCUGCUCUAAUUUUUAUAGGGGGGAAUUUUCUUCAAAGCUCUCGGAUUCUGUGUUUCUAAACAACGGCUGUUGCUCCUAUGCAAGUUUCCAUGUUCCACGGCUAUUUGUAAUAGGAAGUUGGGGGAGCGAGGUUUUUUCUUUUUAUGAAGGGGAUGACACACGCAUUAGUUUUUGGAAUUCAGGUGAGCAAAACAGAGGAAAAAAUUUGUAAAGAUUUUAAUUAUAAGACUCGAACUCAAGCAUCACAUUUGAUAG